AUGGCCCACGUCCCUUCUGAGAACGAGCUGGCCUUGGUUAAAGUCCUCUACUCCGCUUUACCGGCCGUUUCUGCUUCGUUUUUCUUUAUUGCAACUUGCAUUCGAGCCGCAGCGGAUGCUGUGAUUUUAACCGCUUGGGCUGCCCCAGGAGCAAGUUCCCCGACUGUAAAUGGAAAGCUCUUUUACUCCUGGGCAUCGUGUCUCCUCUGGUUUGUGAAUCUUCUGUGGUACAUCGAUUCAGCAGCACCCACAGCGUACCCGUUCUACGGCACUUGGGCGAUGUACUUGGCGGCUGAAGUUUUAUUUCUUCUGGUUACGUUGAGGCUACAACUUCCUCGUACAAGCUCAGAGGUUUUAAUAGGGACCUUUCGACUCUCCCUGCUAGUUACGCUUAUAUUAACAGCUUCUGGCUCACGCUUUGUGCUAACGGGAAAAGGCGGGAGAGACGAGGAGAAUACGCCCCUAUUAAUAGCGCAGGGAGAACCACGGCCCAUACAGGGAACAUACGGUUCUUGCGAGAAUAAUUCGGCAGCUCAGUCUGACGUCGAUGCGUCGUCCAAAACGAAUGGUAGAAGUGAUCUUAGUCCCGAGGAUGAUCUCGUCGAUGAUGGGGAUCGGAAGACCUUAUGGGAUAUCGUAGAGUUUCUCAGGGCUUUUUUACCAUUCUUUUGGCCUUCAGGUGAGCCUGGCCGCCAGCUGCUCUACGUAGGUAUUGGGGGGUGUCUGGUAGUUGAACGUGUCAUGAACGUAAUUAUCCCGCUACAACUUGGGCUGAUAACAAAUCUCCUGACAAAGUCUGACGGGGUGGUCCCUUGGAAAGAAAUAGCAAUAUUUAUUGCGCUUCGAUUUCUUGACUCGAGCGGUGGCUUAACGGCACUUAGAUCCUUUAUGUGGAUGCCACUUGAAGACCUUUCGUACCGGAAAAUUAGCACAACGGCAUUCAACCAUAUUAUGUCUCUUUCGUGCGACUUCCAUGACAGCAAAGCUUCCGGUGCGGUCUGGCAAACUAUUAUCCGUGGCCAAUAUGUCAAGGAUGUGGUCAACCACAUUUGCUUCCUUGUCAUUCCCACCAUGAUAGAUCUGGUAUUGGCUGUCAGCAUUCUAUACUAUCUUUUUGAUGCGUAUAUGGCGCUGGUAACGGCGGCUGUUACCGUGAUGUUUUUGUGGACAUCAAACAAAAUAAUUAACAUCCAAAAGACCAAACAGAGGGAGUCGAUCGAAAAGCGAACAAGGGAAUUUACUCUCUUGUGUGAAUCAACUGUUAAUUGGAAGACUGUUUCGUAUUUCAACCGCGUUCCUCAUGAGCAAUAUCGAUAUCAUUCAGCUGUCGGAGAGCACCUUAAAUCGCGGUUUGGGCUUAGGAUCUGGGGCUGUAUUGAAAAUACGCUUCAAUCCUUUGUCCUACUGUUGGGACUUAUGGUCGCUUGUUUGAUCGCUGCUUAUCAAGUUUCCUUGGGUUUCAAACCCAUUGGAAGUUUUGUCAUGAUGCUCAGCUACUGGGCCCAGUUAUCGUCUCCUCUUCAGUCCCUAGCGAACGGAUUUGAACAUACAGUUCAAGACAUGGUGGACGCGGAAGAACUACUUAGACUCCUACGACAAAAGCCGACAGUCGCGGACAGCCUCAAUGCUAAACCCUUGAGUUUCGAGCGCGGCUGCAUUGAAUUCAAAGGAGUCCAAUUUUCUUAUGAUGGCAAGAGGGAAGUUCUGAGAAAUAUAAAUUUUAAGGCUUCUCCUGGCCAGACUACCGCAAUUGUUGGCAAAACUGGAGGAGGGAAAUCGACUAUCCUGAAGCUGCUUUGUCGAUUCUACGAUCCCGCUGCUGGGGUUGUCAAUAUUGAUGGGCAAGAUAUUUCAAGUGUAACCCUUCAGAGCUUGCGUGAAAUAUUGGGUAUUGUUCCUCAGGAUCCUAUAUUGUUCUGCGAGUCAAUAAUGGCCAAUAUUCGCUACGCGAAACUUGAUGCUACUGACGAGGAAAUCGUGGAUGCAUGCAAAGCCGUUGCCCUUCACGAAAAGAUCAUGAGCUUUCCAGAUGGCUACGACACUUUGGUUGGGGAACGCGGCAUGAAGUUGUCGGGCGGCGAAUUACAACGUGUCGCCAUCGCACGAGCAAUGAUUAAAAACCCGAAAGUAGUACUCUUAGACGAGGCUACGAGCAGCGUGGAUAGUGAGACCGAAGCCCACGUGCAAAAAAGCCUGAAGCUACUUUGCGCUGGUCGGACGACAAUUGUUAUCGCCCACCGUCUUUCUACAAUCAUGAAUGCUGAUCAGAUAUUGGUGGUAAACGACGGUGAAAUAGUUGAAAAAGGAAGUCAUUCCCAACUUUUGAGAGCAAAAGGUUACUAUCAUCGCUUGUGCAGUUGGCAAGGUUUCUCUCACACAGACACACUGGAGGACAAGGCACCUCAAGCCGUUAUCAAUGAUAUAGGCUUCGUUGACACGACGGUGGAGGACAUCACUUGUUCACAAAUGCAAUCGGGAUCUACUACAGCCAGAAGUCCUUUCGAAGCCGCUAAAAUAGAACGUCCGGAUAUACGAAGCUGCUCUAUAACGUCUCAAAUACCACAGGUUUCGAUUGGCCAAGAUUUGUGCGAGCAUUGCUGCCGCUGUCUUAAUGCGACUUCAUCGACGAAAACGUCCAAAAUCAUGAAUCAUACCAGCGGAAAUUUGAAACCUGAAGCACCCGAGUUCGUUCCCAGAGCAUUCCAAAAUUAUAGUUCCGGCUUUUCACAUCCAUAUUACAUCCAAGUUGAUGCGAAUCACAACACUUUGAAUAGUCGCUAUGUCGACCACCCGCCUAGUGGAUAUGCGAGUGACACUGGAGAAAGCGUGGAGAUACGCACAGGCCCUACAAAAGAGAAAUUCCCAGAUACAGAAGUAGAAGCUAAACCAGAUACUGGUAUUAGGCCUACCCUUACUUCUCCAGACAAGAGACCGAACAACGAUGUGAAGUCAAUUGGAGCAUCCUUGAAGGAACCGUCGAAAACCAAACAAGCCGAUAUCUUCAAUGGGGAUGAAGUCCUAUCAGCAAUAGAGAAUAACAAAACGAAAAGUAUCAUCCGCCGGAAGUUAUCAAAAAGCGAACCAGCAGGUCUCAUCAAUAUGAAUGGGACUACUGAAAACUCGAGCAGAGGAUCGGAGGAGUCUCAAAGCUCGGGCCAUGGAGUUACUGCAAACGAACGUCCGCCCGCUAAACUGAGCGAGAAUGUCUCCAAACACCGGCGACGCCGCCGCCGAAAUAAUUGGCGAAGGAGAAAGGAGAUGAGAACAAACGCCAGUACCCAAUCAGGCACCGAUGGUAUGCGGUCGUCAUCAGAAUAA